ACCCAGAAUCCACAUUCAGAAUAUGAUCACAAUGUCGCUUCUUCCUCUAUAAUAUAAUAUUGCCAAACACGCAAAUAAAGGCAGAAAUGUAACUCUUUUAACCUUGAUCUAGUCUAGGUAUAUUCUAGGUAUUUGUCUGUGAAGAACCUACGCUUUAGAAUUUUCAUUUGAUUAUGGAUGCUGACACUUCUAGGUUUUGAAGAAAUAGAUAUAUAGGUACACAAUAUACAUACAGUACCUAGGUAUGUUAUUUUUUCAGAUCACUAUAAAAUAUAACAAUGGAAAAUUCAAUGCAGGAUAUUACUAGUAUCGAUUCUCACGAUAAAAUGGUCAAUAUGAUCGUAACAUUUAGUAAUAAUAAUAAUUGUACCAACGCAGCUAGCUCUAAGGAAACCACAUUAAACAUACAUGAAAAUAAGAACCCAUAUUUUGAUUUUGAUAAAGUACCUAAUGUUGAUAUGUCUGGUUUUCAAGAAUUUGAUCAAGUAUUAAGCAAGUACAGAGAAGAAAAAGUUUUUGAUUAUAAUACACAAUUACAAAGGACAAUUGAAACAAACAGUGCUGAAUUCCUUGAAAUAAGUAUUGCUGAAAAUGUUAACAAAACUAGGACUUUUCAUGACAUGUAUCGAGAGUACUUAAAAAAUUGUAUUGGAUAUGAUGAAAGCCACUUCGAAACUAUUAAAACAGAAUUACCAGAUAUUAUUUCUCUCAGUGAAGAUAAUUUACAAGCACUAGAUGAUCAAUGUGUAGACUUAGACGAUAUAUCACUUGCUUCAAACAAUAUUUUUACGUUUGAAAACUCAGAAUUUACAAAUAUAGAAAUAGAGAUCGAUGAUAAUAAAGUGGCUGAUAGUUCUGAAGUAUUACGUAAUAUAAACUCGGAUGCUAAUGAUUUUCAAGAUCAAUUAACUAACAAUGAGUACAGAUGUACCGAGGAACCAAAUAAAAAUGAUGAAGUAGAUAUAGACAAUAAUUCUGAUUGUAGUUACCAUUCUUCUGAUUUCGAAGUUAUCACUGAAGAAGAAGCGAAAAUGGAUGGUCUGAUCUUGAAUUUUAGAAAUGACAAUAAAGAACAUAUUUGUAAUACGAAUGACGCAAAUUUUAUUGAAAUGUACCUCCCUCAUGCUCACGAUGAAGUAUACAGAGAUCACAAAAUACCAGAAGGGGAGGAUUUUUACAAUUUGUUUCGUGGCCUUAACGCUCCAGCCAAUGUGCCUGAUAUCUUCUUAGAAAAUAAGUCUGUAAUGCCCACACAAUGUAUGAGCGUGGAGAAGGAAGCGUUAGGAUUCGAUUUGAGAAUUUUGAAUAAAGAUACCGUUGUGAUUGAUGAAGGACAUCAAGAAGAAGCGAAAGAAACUGCCAGGAAGAUCUUGGAGGCCUACGGCAAUAACAACAGGCGACGCAGUCGUAAAUUUUUGUAGCCUUUAUUUUCUGCAAUAAACAUUUUUUUAUUAUUCUA